CUCCCCCCCCCCCCCCUGCUCUCUGUUCCCCGCCCUCGCCGCCACCUCCGAAUUCGAUGGACCUGCAGGCGGAGCUGCGGCGCCCGGCGGCGGCCCACGAGGCGGCGCUGAGGGCCGUGCAGAAGCCGCCCGCCAAGCCCUGGCGCGGGGGAGCCGCCGCCGCAGCGGCCCCGCCCCCGCCGCCCAAGGUGUACCGCGUCGAGCCCCGGGAGUUCCGGGACCUCGUCCAGAGGCUCACCGGCGCGCCGCCCGCGGCCACGGGCAGGGGCGGCGUGGCGCGGCCGCAACAUCAUCAGCUGGCGUCGGCGGUGCAGCCGGUGGCCGUUCGCUCCUCAGGGGAGCAGCAGCAGCAGCAGCAGCUUUACGGCUCGCCGUGGUUCUCGUUCCCGCUGGCCGGGGUGGACGGCGCCAACGCCGGCGGCCUCAUGUAGUCACCCAGCAGGCCGAGACGCACGCAUCAAGGGAAGGGAAGGAUGCAGCAAAUCAAAUCAAAGCUUUCUCCUUUUUUCUUGGUAGUAUCUUGGUUAGUUUGUUUCUCAAACAAGGAAGGGAAUCGAGCAUACAACAACAAUCAACAGCAGGAGUCACCACGCAUUAGACAGGCAGGCAGACACAUAAGUAGAUGAAUGAUGUUGAAUAAUAAUGUCAAUAGUCGUAUACUAGUUUUAUUAGUUAUUCUCGAUCUGUUAAUUACUACUGCCAGUAAGUACCGGUGUUCAUAGACAGUAGUCUCGUAGUAGCACUGUAACAAGUGUGAGGAAGUAUGUUGAAGGUGCUGCGGUCCAGCUGCAUGCUGAAAAACAGAGUCUUUUUAAUUUUCUUGCAAGCAACGAGGAUCAUCGACUGAUCAAUGUUUUA